CUUUCGUUUCUUCCUUCUCGUCUCCUUACCAAAUUCCUCGAACACAUAAUCCUUUAUAUAAAUUCUAGGGUUUUAUAAUUUAUUCUUUUAGCGUCAUCUGCAUUCGCCGCGAAAUCGUUGAUAGGGGUUGUAAAUUAUGGAAGGGGCCAGCAAUGGUGGAAUGUUGUACCAUGAGGUACAAGAGUCAAAGCUCUGCGCUAUGCAUUGCGUCAACACAGUGCUUCAGGGGCCAUUCUUCUCCGAAUUCGAUUUAGCGGCUUUGGCAUCCGAUCUCGAUCGCAAGGAGCGUCAGAUGAUGCUUCAGGGUGGCGUCUGCUCCGGCGAUUUUCUCACCGAGGAGUCCCACAAUGUGUCUUUGGAUGGCGAUUUUAGUAUACAGGUUUUGCAGAAAGCUUUGGAAGUUUGGGAUCUGCAAGUCAUCCCCUUGGACUCUCCAGUUGCUGAGCCUGCCCAGAUUGAUCCUGGACUGGAAAAUGCUUUUAUUUGUCAUCUGCAAAACCAUUGGUUUUGUAUACGCAAAGUGAAUGGGGAAUGGUAUAAUUUUGACAGUCUCUAUGCAGCGCCACAGCACCUGUCAAAGUUCUACCUCUCAGCCUAUCUUGACUCCUUGAAAGGCUUUGGAUGGAGCAUAUUCCUGGUCAGAGGAAACUUCCCAAAAGAAUUUCCAAUAUCCUCAUCUGAAGCUUCAAAUGGUUUUGGACAGUGGCUGUCACCUGAAGAUGCUGAGAGGAUAAAUAAAUCCUGCAACUCGAUACAGGCUCCUGGCCAGAGAGUCGAUGAGCCCCAACACCAUCCUGAUCAAUUCCUUUCAUACGGAGAAGAAGAAAUGUUUUCAGACGGGGAAGAUGAGGAUUUGAAGGCUGCAAUAGCAGCUAGCCUUAUGGAUUCUUCCCCAGCCGUGGCCAGUGCUGAAGCCAGCACCCCGCAAAAUGAUAAUCAAAGUAAUAAAGAGGUGGCAACUACCAAAGCCGAUGCCCCUCCAAAUGAUCAAUCCAACAAGCAAGUGGACGCCCCUCCAAGUGAUCAAUGCAGCAAGCAACUGAAAGCUACUGAAGCUUCUCCUGAUGGACAUGAUCUAAACAACCUAGAGGUGACCUCUGUUGUUAGGGUCCCUCAAGGUGAAAACCAGCAUACUAAAGAAAAUUAGUGUUUGAGAAAACAUUGCGCUUGUUCCUGGAAAACUAUUUUCCAUAAUCGAGGACAUUAAUAUAUACAUGUUCUGGUUGGUCAAAACAUACAUCAUAGGCUCAAAUUCAAGGUUAUGUGCAGUCUGUACAUUCUCAAGUUUGAUGGCAAUGGACAACCUUACAGCUUUUUCACAUGAUUAGGAGUUAAGUUGAAUAUAUUACAUACACUUUUGUUUUGCAGUGU